UCGAUUUUCUUAACCACGUCCACCUCCAUCUCCUCGCUCCCCUCCGCGAAGAUCCCCGCCCCGUACCACUGCUUCUCCCAAUCAGGAUCGUAUCUGUUCACCUGCCAGCAACGAGGAAGGAAAUGGGUACUUUCGUCUUUUAGUCUCCACCAUUGGAUCUACCCGUGUAUCUAGUUGGACCCGGUUCUAGCAUGCGGUUUUCUUCGAUUCGAUCCAGAUUUGUAUCAAUCCUUAUGUAUACCACACGACCGGUGCGGUUCCGGAUCGAACUCCCGCCUUUUGGCCCGAUCCAAGCCUUCAAGUGUUCGUGGGCUUCAUUUGUAGUCUUCAGCGCGGCGGGAAAAGCCCUAGCAAAAUCGAACGAGGGAAAAAGGCUGCCAUGGGAGAAGAGGGGGAGAAGCAGCAGAAGAACAAGAAGAAUGAGCAAGAGAAGAACAAACUCCAUGAACGGGAAGGAAGCCUUAAUGCGAACGUUAACCUCUUUGCUUCGUGCUCCUUCGAAGACCUUGGCCUCCACACUUCGGUUUGUGAUCAACUCCGAGAUCGGAUGGGCUUUAAAGUUCCGACCAUUAUUCAGGGUCAAGCAAUUCCUGUGGUUAUGUCAGGACGUCAUGUACUCGUUAAUGCGGCUACAGGAACGGGCAAGACAAUUGUCUAUCUUGCUCCUGUAGUUCAUCACUUGCAAAAAUUUUGUCCACGGAUCAAUCGCGCUGAUGGAACAUUUGCGUUGGUGCUUGUGCCAACGCGUGAGUUGUGCAUGCAGGUUUAUGAAAUUCUGCAGAACUUAUUGCACCGUUUCCAUUGGAUCGUUCCUGGAUAUGUUAUGGGUGGUGAAAAUCGAUCAAAGGAGAAGGCUAGGCUGCGCAAAGGAAUAUCAAUUCUUAUUGCAACGCCUGGCCGACUUCUUGAUCACUUGAAACAUACGUCAUCUUUCUUAUAUAAGAACUUGCGUUGGCUAAUUUUUGAUGAAGCUGAUAGGAUUUUGGAGCUUGGUUUUGGCAAGGAUAUCGAAGAAAUACUUAAUAUUCUAGGGACAAGAGAGUCGGGUUCGGGUAAUGAUAACAACAAAGUGACAAUGCUCCACACAGCCAGUUUCUCAAGGCAAAAUCUGUUAUUAUCAGCUACUUUGAAUGAAAAAGUGAACAAUCUUGCUAAGAUAAGUCUAGAAAAUCCUGCUAUGAUAGGCUUGGAAGGAAAUACAAGCAAUGACCUGAAGAAAUUUUCGGCUAAGGAUACCAAGACACUUGCUGAUAGUAUACAAAUUACAAAUUUAGUCCAGCAACCUGAUUGUUCUGCUGGAGACUAUAGGCUUCCCAUACAGUUAGUCCAAAGAUAUGUGAAAGUGACCUGUGGAUCACGGCUUGUUGCGCUUCUAUCUACUUUGAGGUUUCUUUAUGAAAGGGAAACUUCCCAGAAGGUCGUAGUCUUUUUCUCGACCUGUGAUGGUGUAGAUUUCCAUUUUUCAUUUUUGAGGGAAUUCCGGUGGUCCUUCAGUUCUCAAGAAAAUGAACAAGUGCCAGCAUUUAUAGCUUGUAAAGUGCUUAAACUGCAUGGGAACAUGGAACAGGAUGCCCGGAGGACAUCAUUUCAAGGGUUCAAUGCUGAAAGAUCUGCUGUUCUUUUGUGCACUGAUGUCGCUGCAAGAGGAUUAGAUUUUCCAAAAGUUAAACAUAUUGUUCAGUAUGAUUCUCCUGGGGAUGCUAUUGAAUAUGUUCACAGGGUUGGAAGAACUGCUCGUCUGGGCGAAAAAGGAGAUGCUCUACUGUUUCUGCUGGCAGUUGAACUGGAUUAUUUGCAAGAAUUACAGAAGCAUGGUGUCUCCUUGGAUGAGUUUCCUCUUCAAAAGGUAUUAGACAGCUUUCCUCUUCCUCGGGGCUGGAGCCGCAGGAAAGUAAUUUCAUUAGAUCUGCAUCCUUGGGUGACUAAUUUACAGAAGGCCAUUGAGUCCUUCAUCUCAUCUGAGCCUCAAAUGAAGAAGCUAGCCAAGGAUGCGUUUUGCUCUUGGGUUCGUGCUUACACAGCACAUCGUGGUGAGCUAAAGAGGAUUUUCAUGGUGAAGAAACUUCAUUUGGGUCAUGUAGCCAAGAGCUUUGGUUUGAGAGAGCAGCCAUCUUUGGUUGGGAGAUCUUUUCAGAUGCAAUUGAAGAAGAGGAAGCGGGAACAUAAAAUGGAUAAUUCCUUUAAAAAAAGGAGGAUGGCUAAGAAACGUUAAGCUGCUUCAUUAGGCAGACAAUAGUGGGUAUAUCUCAGCUUUGUUGAUUGCCAUUGUAAAAUCAAUCAUAAGAUCGUGAACCUGAUCAGCGCUUCCAAGAAAUUUGGCUUGGAGUUUCUGGUUGUUACUCCAAGCCGUGAGGUAUGUUGAGAUGAAUCCUGGUUCCCCCCACCUCAGAUGCGUCCAGUCUGAUCUGCAAGUAGUGAAGAGCAUGCUGCUGUUGCUGUCGCAUGUCCUAUCACUCUCUUGGUGGGUGUAACAUGGUUUUCUGCAAUUCAGUAAAAGGUGAUGACUUGAACUCUUCUCUGAAGGUUUGUCUUACCUGGUUCGAAACUUGUAGAGAGAAGAAAAAAAGCAAGGAAAAAAACUCAAACAGCAUUAUUUUAAUAUAAAUAUUUGUUGACAA